AUCAUACCAACAUUAUCCAAACACUUCCCUCCCAUCUCCAAAACCUUCCAAAAAAAUCUUCAUUCAACUUUAAUUUUCACCAACAAUGGCAUCCCUCGAUCAGUUGGCCAUGGCUAAGCGUUGCUCUCAUGAGGGAGUGGUCGCCGGAGCAAAAGCAGCGGUGGUGGCCACCAUCGCGACGGCGAUCCCAACAAUGGCAAGCGUGAGAGUGCUGCCGUGGGCCAGGGCCCACUUGAACCCCACGGCGCAGGCGCUCAUCAUCUCCACCGCCGCCGGGAUGGCUUACUUCAUCGUCGCCGACAAGACUAUCCUCGCCACCGCCCGCCGCAACUCCUUCGGAAACCGGUCCGCCUGAACGGCCGCCCGCUCUCCGGUGGUCCCUCCGGUGCCCGUGGAAGAAAUGUGAUGGUCCAACCAGGCAAAACCAACCAGUGUUAAUAAAAUAAUGGUGUCAUG